AAGUUUAACUUCUAAAAACAUGUGUGCCUUUGACCCGAAUAGGUUGGGCUACAAAACAGCGGGUCCGAUCCGACUAAUUUGACUAGGAGCUAAAACCCUAAACCCUAAUAACCUUGUCUCCGGGAUCUUACCCAAAACUCUCCUCUUUGCUUGGCUCCUACUAAUUUCUACAGUUCUACAUUCUACAAUGGCUUCAAGGUGUAGCAGAAUUAUUAAUAGAGCUUCAAUUUCUUCUAUCAGAUCCGCCAUUAAACCCAAUUCCCAAUCAGCUUCUUCUUCACAGUCGUUUCCCAGUUUCUCUGCCUCAACCAGAUCUAAAUCGUCCCCUCUCCGUCGUUUCUCUUUUUCAAGGAUUCCGUCGGAACUGGGAGGGUUGCAGUCAAUGUUGCCGCUACACAACGCAGUUGCUACGGCGAGGAUGACGUCAUGCCUGAGCUCAACAUCGAGGAGUUCCAGAGCUCUUUCACAGG